GCGAAGCCACGAACAUAUUAAAACUACCGAUGGAUGAAAGAUACCAAGUGAACAUUUUCUGGGUACAGGACUAUCGCUUUAUCGUGCUGCAUUGUACGGCUUUAGUCUUCAUAGGACUCAGUUUCAUCUGUGCUGGAUUUGUGAUAAUAACUUCUUUUAAAAACAAAGGGAAAUUGAAUUUUUUUGUUAGCUGGAGCAAGUGUGAGCGUUUUGUGAUAUACACAGCCACGUGUGAUAUUUUACUUCACAUUGUACACUGCACAGAUCACAUCCAUAUGUUGGCGACACGUGAUCACGUUCAUCCUAUAGAACUCUGUGAAUUCUACAGCUUUAUACUAUAUGAGUUCACAUUUGCUCAAAGUUCACUGGUCUUCACCAUUGCAUUGAAUGCAUUUCUGUUAAUAAAGUUUAGGAUUAAAAUGAAUUAUGGAGCAAGAGAUUGGAGGUUGAUAUCCCUCGUUUUUGGAAUGCCUUUUAUUAUUUGCAUAUUCUUGGUGAUCUUUAAACAGUUUGGACCAACAGGAACAUAUUGUGGCAUUGUUGGAGAGAGGGUAGUGACGUUCAUCUCCACACUUCCGGUCCUGCUAAUAUUAACGGCCAACAUCAUUUUGUACGCUCUGACGUGGAAACACAUCAAGAUGGAAGGCAGGAAAAUGACAGUAUCUUCGAGGAUUUCCAAUUCGCCGGGUAAGAGAUCUGCUCGGGCAGCUAAGAACAUGUCUCUUUUUGUAGCAGCCUAUUUGCUCCAGUGGUGGGCCCUCCCUGUUCAUGGACUGUGGUACUUUGUGGACAAUACCCCAUUUGUGGUGCUUGAGCUUCUGGCUAUAUUCACAAAUAUGGGGGGUAUACUAAAUGGAAUGGUGUACCUUAUCAUAAAAAAGUCACGUGUUAUCCAAGUGAAUAGUGUUUGUCUGCAGAAUGAUGGACCAGAACGCGAUAAAACCCUAGCGUAUACCCAAUCACAGUGCGAUAAAACCCUAGCGUCUGACCAAUUACAAUGCAGUUAACGUUACUUCUUCAACUUUAAAGGUAGCUCCACCCUCAUGUGACUAUAUUAAUGGUUGAAAGUGGAAAAACUAUUAAUUUCCACUCAAUAUAGUUUACUUUAAUUAAUAACCAAAGAAAAUGUGUAUAUAUGUCAGACAUGCAAAAACGGAAGUAUAUGUUGAAAUGAUAAGUUUUGAAUGUCAGUAGUUUAAAAAAACAUGCUAAUUGAUAAAUAUGUAUAAAUUAAUUAUGGAUAUUGGGGAAAUUAUUGUAACAGACAUGCUGUAGAGGAAAUUCCAUCAUAGGGGUUA